AUGCCCGCGUUUGCCUUUGAUCUAUUCGCACAUCGCAAGGCGGUGAAACGAGCUCCUAGUGGUUCUUGUCAAUUGUACAAGGAGCCCAAGAUGGGUGCAACGCUCAACAGUUCGACGCCUGUCACGUUUGAAUGGGAUCCUUCCUGCCUGGGAGAUGCGCAGUACAUUGAUAUUAGCCUCUUGUCCGCGCGAGGAACGCUCUUUCGCUGGAGCUCGGUCCCGGCCGCAAGUGGGAAACACGAGUGUCAACUAGACGCAGGAUGGUGGGACCAGCAGAACACUGUGCAAGUUCAGCUCGGGAUCACGGCCAGCGACGAACCGCUCGCUCUGUCCCCGUUCCCAGCUGGUCCCGUCUUCACCGCAAGAAACAGUGACCCGAUCCCGACUGUCUCCACCCCUUCCAAUUCGUCAGUCUCUGGCACCCGCACAUCCUCGACGCCUGCUCCGACAGGAAACUAUGCCGGUGCAGGAGGUGUGGUGAAUGUUCAACAAUUGUACUCGUCUCAACAAGCCCAGCAUCGUGGCCGACUCGCCGCUUCGAUCAUUCUCCCACUCCUUGUGGCCAUUCUUGUGUCUGUUGGUGGCUACAUUUGGUAUUCUCGACGUCGUGAAGCCAAGCGCCGUCAGCAAUGGGUGGAGAGCAUUGACAAGCGCAUGAGCAGAGUCAGUGCGGAUUGGCAGAGUAUGUCAGCCAUCGGAGGUCGUCCGUCGAUGCAGAGUGGUCGAAGUCGCACCAUGAGCCAUCUUGGUGGUGGUGCAGCUCACGGUCGUUCCUCUCUCGCUCCCGAAAAUACUCGCCCGUCAAUUUAUGAGCGGUUCAAGAGUAGCACAUCGGUUGUUGACAAUGAGAAGAAUGUGUUUGCCGCCGAAGAUCUCUCUCAACUUGGCCCUCGUGCUCGCGCGUUGUCUGCUGCAGCUGCAGAGGGUCGCCCUCUGUCAGAACUGUACAAGGAUCUCCCUGCUGCACCGGCCGCUUCUGCGACAGGUGUCACACGCGCGCGUUCAAAGUCGAUUGCACACGAUGGCUCGGGCCUCAGGACGUCUGGCUUCUUGCCACGACCAGCUUAUGAUCGUGCACCAGCCUCUCAUGCAAGGACGACAUCGACGACGUCUAACAACCCGUACGCAAGUGCAAUGGCACAACGAGACUCGCAAGCAAUGGACGAAAAAGCUCUUUACGCAUUCCCAACCAGUUCAGGUGGCAACUUGCAUUCUGGAACAUCACCUAUUCAGAGAUCCCGGCUCGAUUCAUCCAACUCUGGUCCGACACCUCGUACAAGACUCGACUCGGCCACUGGUCGAGGCCGAGUGACGUCCCGUGUCUCGUUCGCAGAUACACCCAGACCAAAUGAGAGGAGAUGGAACCAUGCAGACGCGGAGAAGAAUGGGGUCGGACGUGUAUCUGUUGGCGAUGCUUUUGCAGUCGACUUUGAUUCUCUGCCGGCUCUCGCUCUGAUGCGCGUCAAGUCUGGCGAGGGUCUGGAGGGAUCCGCACCUGAUUCGCCAUUUACGCCCACACGCGAGUUUAUUCCUGGUUCAAAAGACGAUCAUCUGGGUGCCCGACAAGGUACUGGCAUUGGCGGUCGCACACCAGACGAAAUGUUGAAAGCGUAUGCGGCUGCAAUGGCGGGUGAAAAGGGCGAACUCGGACAGGAGAUGGAGAUGGGCACGGCGCGUGGACAGAUGCGGCCACGGCAAGAGGAGGAGAGUGGAGGAAUAUUCUCGAGCGUUCGCAAGUUGUGGAGGAAUCAAGACAUGACUUCAACGCCAAAAGUCACACCCUCGCGCGAGGCGAGUGAUACACGGAUUCGACAGCGAAAAGGCGUCACCAGACCCGUCAAGGCGCCACUCGGAGGCGUCAGCUUCAAGUUGUACAUUUAUAUUCUCGCAGCAGUCGCAUUAUCCUACUCGGUGUAUUACGCAUAUCGAAUGUCUGAGAUUCAACGAACCAGAGCCAUCAACAUGCGCGAGCAGCUCAAAGCCGCUCGAGGGACUCCAACCGCUGGCGCACCGAGUGGAGGAGGCAUACGUCAAACCGUACAACAGAAGAUAGAAGAUCUUGCGGACAUGCUUGGACUCGAACCGGUCGUACUCGCCAGUGCGGUCGCCGCUGUCGUCAAAGAGCACAUGCCCGCGGCAAGCUCGUCCUCCAUUAUCAGUCAAGCCAAGAAAAGCGAGACUGGAAGUGUGAUGUCUGCCUUUACGGAAGGAUUAGAAAACGGUGGUACGGUCAGCGCCAUGCCAACUGCGACAGAGGGUAUAGCCUCGACCGCCUCCUCAGUCGCGGGUGUCGCUGGAUCUAUAGCGUCCGUGCUCAUGAGCGCUGGGUUUGACGAUAUGGGUAUAGAGCUCGACUAG